AUGAGUUACAGCAAUUUCGGCCGAGGAAGGGGCUACCCACAGGGUACACGUGCCACGCGCCGCUUCGGCAGGCCCCGAUUUCCACGUCCACCCUUCCGACAUCCAGCUCCAGCAGGACAUCCCGCGCAGUUCGGCGCACCCUGGCAGUCGAACAAUGUGUUUUUUCAGCCUCACACGUCGUUACGUGGCGGUCCGUCCUUUAGAGCAGACGGUAGGCGAAGGAGAUUCUGUAAUUAUGACGUUCGAUUUCCUGCCCCUAAUAGAUUGCCCUUACCUCCGAAUUUUGAGGAGACGCCCGUGUUGCCGGAAGAGCCGUUCGUACAGGAGGAGAUCAAUACGGUUGAAGCUAUACCACAACUUCCUCUGCCCGGCUCAGAAGAGGAACGGCAGCAGAAAAUAAUUGAAACAGCAGAUCGAUUGAAGCAAAAACUCUUUUCUUUUCACAGCGAUGACAUCCCAAAAUUUUACAAUAAAGACAUAUCUAACGCCAUUGAGGAGAUUACAGAGGAUAAUGUCCAGAGACGUAUCCCUGUAAUAGGAUACGAAUCGUCUGAAAUCAAUUUGACAUACAAUGAUUUAAAAGACAUUGGAAAAAUAAAUUCUAAUAAUACGGAAUAUAUGACAAAUGAAUUUAAUAUUGCCAAUAGUACAGAUAGUGAUAUAAUAAUGUUAAACGAGAACAAAGAUGAAACUCACCUAAUGAUAUCUAGCGAUCAAAUAGCAAUAAAUCUGAAAGAUGUAUCGGAUGAUAAUCAAUACAUGGAAGUGGACAAAGAAUGGAUUGAGAAUGGACAAGGAAUAAACUGGGAUCUGCAAGAACCAGUUGAUGAUAUUCAGAAUUUGGAGCAAUCAGAUCUACAUGGAGAUAACGGUAUCGAAAAUGAAUUAUUACAAUCAGAUUUUCAAUACCAGUAUGAUAUACCUCUGGAUAAUAUUUCACAAGAGCAAGAUAAUCAACAGGAUAUUUCACCAGAAAUCGAAAUAUAUUCCACAAAUAUUACACAAGAAACAGAUGAGUCUGAAACACUAAAUUUACAAGUUGCUGUACCAUUUCCAGUUGAUUCAACGGAUCAGGACAUGUUGCAGGGAGACGUAUCACAAGACAAAGAGGAAGUUUUUACAAAUUUAAAUAUUCAAGAAAGUGCUUUAAAUUCUCAUGUUUAUGCAGAAAAUUCAAAUAGCAAUAAUUGUACAUUGACAGAAACGCCAUUAAUCGAUACAUCAGUAAGUAAUCUCACAUUAGAUAAUCAAUUGCCAAAAAUGAAGGACAAUUCUUUUCAGAGUAGUCCACCAAAACUGUCUCCAAAUAUGGAGCAGGAGUUGCCUGUUGAUUUUGAUCCUACUACUCCACCGCCAAUAUUACUAAAACAAGAUCAACCGUGUAUUUUGUCUCCAUAUUCAAUUCCUGAUUUACCAUUAUUUGAUCCUACUGAACCACCGCCAAAUAUAAAAUGUUUAUUCGGAACAAAAAUGCCCCAUGAAGACGCAAAUCCUCCAUGGAGUAAUAGUCAAAAUCCAAUACCUACCGUCUAUAAUAAUAUGAAUGUUCAUGCGGGCUUAAAUACACAUGGAGGAUUUAUGCCUCAACAAUUACCAUUAGAAAUAGUCAAUCAAGGUAACGUUUUUAUGCCUUCUCAUAUCGAUUCGGUAAAUUUUCCUCCAAUGUUUCCUAUGCUGUCCAGUAAUCCUGUCAUGAAUACACACAUUCCGUCAUUGCCUCAAGUACAUGCAAACUCUUAUAAUACUUGUGUGUCUUCAUUACCAGAGCACUCUUCGUCGUCUAAUUUACAUUGCAGCGUAAACAAAGAUGAUGGUUUAAACGAUAUGAAGGAAGCUAUGAGAUUUGCAAAAGAAAUGACAACUAAAACAGGAAAGGCAGAUAAAGAAUUUAAGCUAGAUUCUGAAUCUCUUUCCAAAAGCAGUACCUCAAUUAUUUCUGCUAACAGUGUAGAGUUUAUAGCACUGCCUCCAGGAAAGCCAAAAACCAAGAUUAAAAAGCAAAAAAAGAUAAAAGAAGAUGACACGAGUAGUAAGACAAAAAUACCUAAGAAACAAACUACAACAGACCAGCCGUCGCCGGAAGAAACAAUACAAAAUGCAAAUGCAACAUUUAAGGAUGAUUCAUCGUUAAUGAAUGAAGAGCGUCCUAAAGUAGUAUUCAACUUGAAUAAUAAAACGAAAGUAGUAAGUACCAGUUCAUCAUGGAAAGAAAAUCUUGAGAAAAAAAAUGGAUUAACACAUUCCGCAGAACCAGUAAAAUCAUUUGCAGCAAAUUUGAUAACUAAAAAGAAUUUAGAAAAUACAUCAAAACAUAAUAAAGAAGAGGAAAAGAAUUUAGAAAAUACAUCAAAACAUAAUAAAGAAGAGGAAAAGAAUUUGAAGAGAAAUGAAAAUAAUUCUGAGAGUGCAACAUCAUCCGAGAUUGCAAACCAAAAUAUUAUAUCGCAUCAUAAAAAGCCACAAAAAGAUAUCCAUACAGAAAAAUCUCAACAUUCUAGCGUUUCACUUCCAAAAGUCAACGUGCAAAAUUGGAGGAGCCGUGUAGAAACGAACGAGAAUUCUAAAAUGGAUGCUUCGUGGAAGAGCAGGAUCAUUAGUCGAUUCCUAAAGAUGAGUAGGAAUGAUAUCUACAAUAUGGUGAAUAACACUAGUCUUCGGAAGUUCGAUAUUAUAAUGAAGCGUCUAGUCAAAGAAAAACAGCCUACAUUAUCGAUAGAGAUGAGACACGCACAGGACGAAAAGAUAAAACUAUACGAUCAGCAGGAAUUUAUGAAGCAGUUAAACGCGAUGUUGGACACCGAUACUAUCGUAUCCAUUACGGAUCUACCUACAGAGUUUAUACAUCAUUUGAAUGAAGUAUUACAAUUGGAUGUGCAACCAGACGUUCAUGCCGAGUCUACAGCAGCUUCGAGCAGCCAGUAUGAAGUAACGAAGAAAAUUCAAACACCUCCGGCAGUAAAAGAACGUAAGCGUUGCAGUACGGAGCAACAAAGUACAAUGAAUUUCGAUGUUGGCGCGAUUUCGAGGAGCAAGGAGAAAGAAGCAUUCGUGGAAGAUGACAGAACACAGAGACUGGAGAAUAGCCCGCACUGGGACGAGAAGUGCGAUAGAUGGAAAAGGAAAGAACGAGAAGAUCCAUACGCAUACAGAAAUCUUACCAAAGAAGAAUGGGAAGCAAAAUACGGAAUGCAAACAAACUUGACAGCCUGUAUUCCUUUCGUUAGUACAAAAGGAACCGUUGUUGAUAAGAGAGGACGCGGUAGAAAAGUUUAUCCACGACGUCGUUAUUCAUCUGAAUCUUCAAAACAACCACCAAAUAUAAGACAUAAAAGUUUGGAAAAGGAAAAGCAUAAAAAAUCUAGACGACAUAGUGAUGAUAGAAAACAUACCACAGAAUACUUAGGAGAUGAUAUCAAUCACGAAAUUAGUAAUAGCAGUACUAGCAGCAAUAGCAGCAGCAAUAAUAGUGAUAAUACAAAUGUUACAAAGUUAUUGAGAGUGAUAAAAGAAAAUGAGAAAGUAGGCAAGCAAAUGUCAUUGAACGAAGCGAUAAGAGACGAGGUAAAUGCCGAGAUCGAACGAGAGCGGAAAUCGAAAAGAUCGCGAAAGAGAUCUAAAAACCGAAAGCAGAAAAAAGCACGUUAUAAGAAAAAGAAGAGACAAAACAAGGAAACGACGAGCUCCUCCUCCGAGUCCUCCUCGGCAAAAGACAAUGAUAACGAAAUGACUGAUAAAUUACUGACGGAAAAGGAAAUUAAGAAGGAAGUCAUAGAAAAUCAGGUCGUACAAGAAAUUAUUGUUAAAGAGGAACUAGACAUUAUCAGUCAAGAAGAAAGUACCAGAGACGCUGAAUUUAUGAAUGCCUCGAAUCCUUUUAUGAUCGUGGAAAAUAAGGCGGCACAUUUUCUUCCCGCAUCGCAGAAUAGAGUGGAGUCUCCUUUAGUGCUAGAAAUUCCGCCGACACCUAUUAAUACUCAAUUACAUGCUGAAAAGAGAUUACCGAUAGAUUCUCCUACGCAACUAAAAACUAAGGCACAGCUGAAGCAGAUGCCGGAGACAUCCGAUAUGAAUGAUAACAAGGUUCCUCUGAAUGUAUUUACUUGCAUACCGGAAAAUUGGAAUAUAAGUCCAGCGAUUUUCUCGGAAAGUACGGAGGAUUUAAAUAAAGCCUGUGAAAUAAGUGAUGCUGGCUGCAAUCAGGAUAACGCUAUUCUAUCGACAUGUUAUGACAGUGUUAUGGAUCAAAGCAAUACCGCGCAUACAUCGGCAAGAAGCACUCAAGUUGACGAAGAUACAAUACUGCUACCAUUGGACGCAACAGCGUGCACUCUUGCCGAAUCUGUCAAAAUACAAGAUAUUAGAUCAGUAACUGAAAUCUCAGCUACUGAUAACGAUAUGUCAAAGGUAUCAACGGCUGUUACGCCGGCAUCGUCGGUAUCAAGUGUGACUUCAAAACAAAGUAGCAGCAAAAAGAUCGACAUAAAGACAUAUUUCGAGCGCACCGUACAACGCCGCAUGAACGAGAAACUGGAAUCGAAUAAGCCUGCAGAAAAUGUUGCGACAUCGACACAAAAUUUAAUUAGGCCGAAAAGCACAGAGCCAGAAAUUACAGCAAACAAAUCUACAUUAAUAUCUACAUCCAGCAGCUCCCUUCAAGAUCCACGAUUAGCAGCGAAACGUUCUCAAGAAAAUUUAAAACGUACCGUAAUCAAUAAUGAUAACAUCGUUCGAAGAAGUAAUGAAAUUAAAUCAACAGAUAAAGUAUCGCUUACUACUAAUACUAGCAAAAUCAAUGCAUUGCCCAACGUUGUAAUAACAUCGAAAAUUGCAGUGUCGAAAACAAAGAAAUGCUUAAAAGUUAAGAACGAUGUAACAGAUAAGACAUUACAAAACAAGGAUUUAUCUGAUCCUAAACGAUUUAAAAAUAUUCGAUCGGAAGGCAGCAAAGAGUUGAAGCUGAAAAAAGAAAUGGCAAAAGAACAAAAAGCGAAAAAGAAGUCUGCGACGGCGUCAAAAUCUGAUAAUUUAAUUUCAACAAAAAUAUAUUUUCCUCUAAAAAACACAACAAGCACAAAAGAACAAGAAAAAGAGAUCAAUGAUAUUAAUGAUAUUAACAAAGUAAAAAUUAAAGGAAUACAAUCGAUAAGUUCUCAUGAAAAUAUAGUAGAUACUAGUAAUGUGAAAACAAUUUCUCCUGGCGACGCUGAUAACGAUGGCAAGGUAUUGCCGCACAAUGUUGGUAAAACGAAAGAACUUUCAUUAAAUUUAGAAAUUUAUGGAAACGCUGAGAAAGCUGUAAAUAACGUCGAAAGUAUUGAUACGCGCGAACAUUCUUCUAAGACGACACGAAACGAGGCUCGUAUAAAGCACGCCAAGGUUAACACAGCAAGUGCUAAGAAUCCGGACAAAAAAAGCCGUAAAAAUAUUUGUAACACUCCUGAACUCAAUAUAUCGAUAACUUCUAAAAUUGAUCUAAAAAUCCCUGAAAAUAAAACCUGUAACAGCAUAGAAAAAAUAAACAAGGAUUUUGAAACUCAACAAUCUGAUACGAUAAAAAAUAUGAAAUUUUCAUUGAACGACACGAACGAAAGUCAAAUUAAAAGAUCAGACCGAGAUCUAUCAGAGAACGCAAUUAAUCGUGGUAGCAGCAUUUCCGAAUUGGAUGUAAUGUCUCGAGUGGAUGAUAUCGAUAAACAAAGUAAGGAAAAUUUGUUAAUAAAUGACAAUACUAAAACUAGCAACACGAAGGAAAAUAAUAUGAAAUUAAAUAUCCUUGGCGAUACAGGUAAAUCUACGAGCGCGAAUAAAAACGAUCCUCCGGGUAAAAAAACCGCCAAGUCGUCAUCAACGUCGUCGAACGAAAAUUUCCAGGAACAAAACAUAGAGAACAAUGCUGGUUCUUCUGACAGCGCAGGUAGUCCGUUCAAAGGCUUUCUACAGGAAACUGCGAUGGGCUUCGAGCAGCCUGACCUAUUCGACAUAAAUUACGUGACGGGGACUACUAUAAGUUGCAAAGACGGAAAGAUUCAAGAGCGACAGGAUUACAAAACGCUAGAAUCUGGUGCCGAUUACGUUGAGGAUACGAAUAUUAACGUCAAUAAGAAUUUCGAUAACGCUUUUGGCAACAAUUUACUCGUCUCGGUUAAAGAAUGCGAGACGGGCGAUAAAUCCGACUUGGCGACGGAUGUAAACAGAGAAGGGGAUGUAAGAAAAUCCUCGAGUGAGAUAAUCGCGACCAUGUUACACGAUGAGGACAACGAUCUCGACAUCGGUGGAGGUAAUGAGACGAACAAACAGUUGACCAAGGCAUUAAAUAAAGAAAGAUACGCGUCUUGCGCGGAAUUGGUGAUUAAGGAAUCGAUGUUAUUGGACGAGGAAGAAAUUAUUCAGAACGAAGCGCGAUCGAAGGAUUUGACGAGUAAAUUGAGAACUGCAACCGAUCCCAGUUUAUCCGACGCAUUAGAAACAACGAUCUCGGAUGACGCAUUGAAAUUGCCGGAAUGCCAAAGCGCGGACCAUCUCGAUAACCACGUUUACUUGGAGGCGAAUAUAUCCGCGGAGAAGGCACCCUGCGACAAAUUGCCGGGCUUCGAUCCCGACGAGCAGCUGGACAACGAUAUAUUCUACUUGGACGAUCGUCUGCAGGGCACCGGUGCGUUCGACGCGAAGGUCGACGAGUGCAUGCAUUUCUCUGUUGAUCAACAGAGCGCCGGAUACGACAUCGUGCCCGCUGUAAUACCGGAAACCAUGAUUGCGCCCUGCGCAGAUUUGUCGCGCAGCGAGAUAUCGAAAUCGGAGGGGAGUCAGUUCGACUUGAAGCACAUCUCGUCGAUGGAAGACAAUUUACUCGCGGGAACACCGCCGGAUGAGUGUCCGUCGAUCGAUCCGUCGCGAAUCCUGAAUAUCCCGACGAAGGCUGCUCUGAAGGAGACGAAUCUCUUUUUGAAAUCUCUAAACGAUAUACCGACGGCAACUAAAGAAGCAUCCGAGAUGCUGGGGAAAACGCAGCAGAGCGAGGUGGAUACGAAUUGCCAACGCAGCCGGCCGGCUGCGCACAUGGCCGAACAAAACAAUGGAAAGCCGCACACGUCCGAUAUCGUUGAUAAUAAUGAUAAUAGCGCGAGUGCCGCGCGAAAAGCUCACGACAGUACGACUGCACAGGUUAGCUCAAACGUAAACAAAACACCGGCGCAGGACAGUACGUGCGGUAAAGUGGUUCGUAAAAAUAUUUCUGUUAGCCACGACAAGUGCCCAGGAUCUUCGAUUAACGUCGAAAAAUAUCUUCACGGCGGUAUGCAACGCGAACCGGUCGUGGAAUUGUUAAAGAUGAAAGAAUUGGAUAAGCUAUUGGAAAGGAAGAGCCAAGUAAAUUCCGAGAGAAUACGAGAGAAGGUACACGAGGAAAAGAAGAGCCAAGAAAUUCCCGAGACGAAAGAGAAAAUUUACGAGGAUCAAAAUGAACGUAACGACGCAGUUUUGCACAAAUUGAAAGACAAACGGCAAAUGAAGCAUCAACCUAAAGAAAAGUCGAAAAAGAACAGUUUGGUGAAGAGACUUAAGCAAAUGAGACGAUCGGGAAAGAUCGUCGGCAACACGAAGGAAGCUGUUUUGUCUAGGAUGUUGGAAAUCGAUCUCGAGAUUCACAAGCUAAUGACGGAGAAGUUAAAAUUGCACGAGCUGUUGGGCAGUAAAUUUUUGCCGAGUGAAAAUUCUACGAUGAAUGACAGCGUAAUACUCGGAACGACAGAAAACUGUACUGCUUCCGAUCAGUCGAGAAUACCGUCAACGUCACAAAAUAGUGAAAUAAAUCAUGCUAAACAAGACAGGCACGAAUCUCCAUUGAAGCCGUCGAAACUGAUUAAAGAGAGAAAGAGAACUUUGUCUCCGCCAGAGAAUGAGAAUAUGAAUUACACACCUAGAUCCAAAACACCAGUGAUUAGAUGGAAAAAGAAGCCGCGACUAGAACGGUCAGUUAGGCGAGAAAAAGAAGAGGAAGAGGAAGAAGAAGAGGAGCAGGAGGAGGAGGAGGAGGAGGAGGAGGAAGAGGAGGAGGAAGAGGAGGAGGAGAAAGAUUUUUAUGAAGUGAUGAAGGAACACGCUUCGACUUCUGCGAGUAAAAAGGUGGAAACGGAUUUAAUUGACGCAUCUGAAAAUGUUCAGAAAUCGAACGUCGUGAGAAAUAAAGCGCGAAGGAGCAAAACCGCUAGAAAGAAGUCUGACAAAGAAGCUAAUAUCAAUUCGAGUCGCUCGAUCUAUUCGGAUAAAAGCGCGGACGAGCGUUCAGAAUGUCGGGACUUUGCUGAAAGUGAAACCGAACGUGCAAAACAUUUCGAUGCUGACAAAUCAAAUGAUACUUCACCACCUAGUGAAGUGGUGAAGAUGAAUUCUCAACCGUCGAGCAAGCACGUGCACAGCGCCCCAGAAUCCUUAUCUAUAUAUGACGACAGCACGUGGGAUUCUCCGGUGCAAAAUAGCGCGUCUGAGAUACACAGGAAAACAUCGGGUCUUGCUUUGCUAAGUAAAUCGCUUGAGAAAGAGUUCAAGUCGCGAAAGAUGAAAUCGAUCGUGCGUAAGAAAAAGAAGAAGCAGUUGGAUAAAUUCUUGAAGACCGUCAACAAAUUGACUGGUGAGGAAGAAGAGUUGCCCCUGUCCAAGUUAUACAUCGAGAAGCUGCAGCAAAAGCGAGACUUGCUUGACACGCUCAGUCAGAGGAAAGAAGACUCAAAUCUCAAUGAAUCUGCCGUGAAGAACAUAGAUGAGACGAUGAACGUCGUAACGGAGAACAAAGAGGAGAAUCUUUUUGAACCACGAUUGGAAGCGCGAACUCCUAAUGACACUCCAUCAACGUCCAACGCCUCUCCAAUAUUAGUCCAGCCUCUACAGUCCGAUAAGCAUCAAAUUUUCGUUGACGCUGAAGCAAACGCCAAUUCAGAUUGGCCUUGUCGAGAGAAAGAAAAUAUAGAAGAGAUUGCAUUGCAACAGGAUAGUAAAGAUGUACCUGAUAGAUCGAAUCAUGUUUUUAAAGCCGUGAGUCAGGACAAAGUAACUUUCUACAACGAACGUAACGUGGAACCUGACAGUAGCGUCACCCCUGAAGAAAUUCAAGUGGAAAGUUGUUCUUCAGAUCGUGAACGUGACUGUGUGAAGAAUUCCAAUAAUGUUGCAACGCGUAAUUUUGAUAUUAAAGUAUCCGUGCCUAAAACUUUAAUAAAAGAUGAUCUCAGUCUGGAAUUAUUACAGAAAAAUAAAGACAUGGAGGACAACGUCAUGGACACUAAUUUGGUUGAUUCUACAACAAACACAUUUUCAACUCACACUGACAGAUUGGAAGAGAAGGAUAAGAAUUCUAUAACGAACGCAUUUUCGACUCACACUGACAUAUUGGAAGAGAAGGACAAGAAUUCACAAAGUACUUUGCAAGCUGAUAAUUCGACCGUGGAAAAAGAUAAAAAGGAUGAGAAAGAUGAAACAAAACAUAAACGUACAGUGAACAAAAAUGAAAAGGAAGAGGCGAUUCAUAGCGCAAGUAAUACAUCUACUCUGCAAUUAGUCAUUGUGAACUCUGAUGCCAUUGAGAAUGGGCGAUCUAAUAACAGCAUUGAAUCUAAUGAUAAGACAGCAAUAAUAGAUACAGGAUAUGAUUCAAAUGUUUCGGAAAAAACGGAUACAAAACAGAAAAACCUAGAUGCUGAAUCCAAGCAGUUCUCCAAUGACACGAUUGUUGUGAAACAAGAUUGUCAAAACGUGAAGAAUGCCACUAAAAUUGCCAAAGAAGAAGAGAAAAGUAAUAUUGAAAAUAAAUCCGAUACAUGUGAGAAAAUUCUAAAUAAUCAUCAAAGAAAUGGCAAUUCCAUUUCAAUUGAUCCAAUGAGCGAAAGAUUAGAAGAUGAAGAGUUUGUUGAACAAAUGUCCGAUCUGGAACACACUUCGUCUUCUACAUUCUCGUCCAAUAAAGCUGUUGCAAAGAGCAAAGAAUCGUACAAGAAGUUUCAUCGUAAACACAACACUUUAAAACCGAUCCGGAGAAGCACCAGAAACUCCAAUGAGAACAAGGUUAGUAAGAUAAAUGAAACCGAUGCUACUUCAAGCAGCAGCGGUCGUUCUUCACGAGAGACGAGCAUUGUUAGUGAUUUAACAACAAGAAGCAGAAGCAAAUCUCCUACUUGGGCAAAGCAUGAUGAGAAGGUUGUAAACAAUGUGAAGAAGAAUCGUGUUCCACAGAAAGUGCAAAAUACGAGUAGUCAGAAAGUUAGUACUGAAUCUAAGAUCGAAGAUCCGGCUAGACCUUUUGAUACUACAGAAUCUGCAGUUUUGAAGAACAGAACUGUGAUAACUAAGAGGAAGAGGAAACAGCACACAGAUUGGCAAAUGAAACACUGCAAAGUGAAAUUAAUCGACUGUAGAUCCAUUCUUUUUAAGUAUAUUAAUCUCGAUGUUUUAGACAGACUUGGAAUAAUUGUUAUUGAUUCUUCCACGCCGAGUAAUUCGUCGUGUAUACAGCACACCAUUUGCGAUCAAAAUAUGGCAAUACUUCCUACUGCAGCUUCGAGUAUAAAUUUGUUUGACUCAGCCAAGUCCUACGAUAAAGAAAAAUCCGAGAUCGAAAUCUUAGAAGAGAAACCAAUCGCGAAAAGCAGCGAGAAGGAUCUUAGUCAAGAAUCUGUUUCACAUACAGUAGAGAGCAACGAAGAUGAAUUGGCGAGAACUCAAUACACGGUCCAUAAAGGUCCUAUUUUGGACCUCAAGAUUUUUGAGAAUUCUUUUCUAGCAGCAAGCGAAGACGGCAAGAUAUACAGAUACAGUCAAAACUCUAAUACAAUAUUGAAUAUCUAUAAAGGUCACAAAACUGCGGUUACAUGUUUGUAUAUCUAUAAGUCAGAUCACGCAGGCGUUGACAAAAAUCUUAUAUAUUCUGGUUCCUUAGAUGGCACUUUACGUUGUUACAAAAUAAUGACUGGUGCGUUAGUAGGAAACCCAGCGCAAACAAAGAGUCCUAUUCAGUGUAUGGAUCAAGCAUGGGGUAUGAUUUUUAUUGGAACAAAAUCUGGACAUGUUUCGCGUUUCCAUAUCGAGGUUGGUGCCAUUAAAGAAGACAGUAUUCCUUUCUCGGAGAAGUCUGUACUUGCGCUUAAAGCAACAAACGAAGGUCCAAGAAAAAUUCUCAUCAUAGCAUCUCGAAAUCAACCGAUAAAUAUACGUGACGCAUUGACUGGUUUACUUCUUCGUAUGAUUAGUGCCCAGAAUAAUUCUACUGUUUAUAGUUUAUUGCGACACGAUAAUAUGAUCUAUUGUGGUACAAGCAGCACAUCCAUAAACGUUUUCGAUUUUACGAUGGGUGAUCAAGUAACUCAUUACGAUGCUGGUGUUGGUAUUGUAUGUAUGCGGCUUUAUGAACAAUUACUUUUCGCGGGCUGUUAUGACGGCAAUAUUUAUGUUUUUGAUAUAAAUAAUCAUGAAUUAAUAUGUAGCAUACGCGGUCCAGGGAAUAUGUUAUUGAGUAUAGAAGUUGUAAAUAAUAAGAUUAUAGCGGGAAGUAAAGACAAACGUUUGCAUAUGUGGCAAAUGCCACCUCAAGUGCGUGCCUUACUUUAUUAAUGUUGUAGCGUGCUCAGGAAUUCUCUACUUUAAAUAUAAUUAAUUAGAAAAAUGGUCAGUUAAUAACUCCUAACUGAUCAGAAAUAUAUAAAUAUGUAGAGUAAGAAACUUGUGAAACCGAAGUUAUGACUUAAUAAUAUA